AUGUUCUUCUGGAAAGCUUUGGUCCCAACCAUCUCCACGACAAGUCUCGUCGCCGCUGCCAUUCUAGGCUCAAGCCACAUAGGGAUUAAGAGAUCCGAGGGAACAGUCACCGGCGCAGAAGACGGCACAUCAUACCACUUCAACUCGACGGGAACGUCCGCCCAAUGUGCCGGGCUUUCUGUGGCUGAUCUCGAAUCGAGCCUGGCGCGAUUUGACUCACUCUUUCCCCCACAAUACAGUGCCGGUCCAUUCUAUGAGGGCCAGACGGUCUGGAGUUCCGGUGCUCUGUAUCUCGACACAGCAUCGGGUGUCAAGGGCUUUUACAUCUCAUACUCGACAGUGACACCGAACACGACUGCCACCUGGGUGGACGCUGGCGCCGAUAUCUUGAAUGUUUGGCUCGCGGUGCGGGAGGACAUCGUUGAAGAGUGGUCUCAGGGUUCAACUUUUCAAUGGGCUUGGUAUAGCAUCGACAAGACGAUCGACGGAGUCAGCAACCAUGCCGGAGAGUUCACCAUCCAGAUCCAGACGCCCACAUUUGUUAAGCUCUGCGAUACUUCAUGCGGAGGGACGUGCAACCCCAACAUAUGUACUUGUUAG